CAAAGAGAAGCUAAAGAACUUGGUAGCUGAUGAAGGUAAGACAAUAACGUUGCAUUGUGAGCUUUCAAAAGCUGGCGUCCCAGUACAAUGGUGGAAUGGAGAUGAACUGCUCCAGCCUGGAGAAAAGUAUCAGAUGAAAGAAAGGGACGCAUCUGUUGAGCUUAUCAUCCGCGAGGCCACACCUGAAGACAGUGGAGUCUACAUAUGCAUCUGCGGAGACCAGAAGACCAAAGCUACAGUCAAAAUUGUUGGUGCUCCUGCAACUUUUAAGCAAAACCUCAAGAACCAAGAAGCUUCAGAAGGGCAAUCUUUGAUUUUACUAUGUGAGCUCUCCAAAGCUGGAGUACCUGUGGAAUGGUGGAGAGGAGAAAAACAACUACUUCCAGGGCCACGGUACCAGAUGAGGCUGGAUGGAAAGAAUGCUGAGUUGGAAAUAACUAGUGUUUUACCUGAAGAUACUGGGAUAUACAGCUGUGUUACUGGAGACCAGAAGACCACAGCUGAAGUGAAAAUCAAAGCUCUUCCAAUUACUUUCAAACGAGAGCUUCAAAACCAGGUGUCUACAGAGGGUAAAAGUGCAACAUUUGCCUGCGAGCUUUCAAAGCCUGGUGCUCCAGUUGAAUGGAAGAAGGGUAGAGUGAUUCUGAAACCUGGAGGAAAAUAUCAGAUGAAGCUUGAGGGACGGAUAACGAAACUGGUGAUUAAUAACCUUGCAGAGGAUGAUGCAGGAAAUUAUACUUGCAAAACCAAAGAUUCACAAUCGACAGCUGAACUGACGGUUCAAGGACUCCCUGCGACCUUCAAAGUAACUUUGAAGAACCAAGAAGCUCAGGAAGGGAACAGUGUCACUUUGCACUGUGAACUUUCCAAACCUGGUGUUCGAGUCGAAUGGUGGAAAGGAGAAGAAAUGCUCAAGACUGGGGAAAAAUACCAGCUAAGGCACAAAGAAGCAACGGUGGAAUUGUUAAUAAGGAAGGCACUACCAGAAGAUAGUGGAGUUUAUCGCUGUAUAUGUGGAGAUCAAAAGACAGAAGCCACCAUCAAAGUUAAUGCUCUUCCUAUCACAUUUAAACAAGAACUUAAAAAUCAAGAAGGUGAGGAAGGAACAAACGUCAUGUUGCGUUGUGAGCUCUCGAAGGCCAGUGCUGAUGUGAAGUGGUUCAAGGGAGAGGAACUUCUAAAGUCUGGAGAUAAGUAUCAGAUAAGACAAUUGGCAACUAAAGUGGAGCUUGUCAUCAGAAAACCAGUACCUGAAGAUAGUGGGGUCUACUCUUGUGAAUGCCCCCAUCAGACUUCCAAAGCCUUGGUUAAAAUCAAUGCUCUCCCAAUAACAUUCAAACAAAACCUGAGAAACCAGGAAGUGGUGGAGGGCAACACUGCUGCACUGCGAUGUGAAUUUUCCAAACCCGGUGCGACGGCUAAGUGGUGGAGGGGAAAAAAGGAGCUGAUCCCGGGAGAGAAGUACCAGAUGAGGACUGAGGGAAGGAUUGCAGAGUUACUCAUCAAGAACGUGAACCUGGAAGAUGUUGACUCAUACAGCUGCACCACUGGAAGUGAAAAGACAACAGCAGAGGUCAAAGUCAAGGCUCUGCCUGUUACAUUUAAACAAGAACUCCAAAAUGAAGUAGCAAAAGAAGGUGGGCAAGCAGUGUUUACUUGUGAGCUUUCUAAACCCAGCGCUCAAGUUGACUGGAGAAAAGGGAGAGUUAUACUCAAGCCCAAUGAGAAGUAUGAAAUGAAGCAAGAGGGGAGGUUCACCAAGCUUGUCAUACACAACAUAGAAGCUAGCGACGCUGGGAACUAUUCAUGUAAAACCAAGGAUUCUGAGUCAACUUCUGAGUUAACUGUUAAGGUUCCACCCAUCACCUUCAAAGUAAAAUUGAAAAAUCAGGAACUUGAAGAAGAAAACCUGCUUGUGUUGCACUGUGAACUCUCAAAAGCUGGCUAUCCUGUUGAAUGGAGAAAAGGAGAAGAGCUUCUAAGACCUGGUUGUAAAUAUCAAUUCAGGGAAUAUGAUACUACAAGGGAGCUGAUCAUCAUAAAAGCAAUGCCUGAAGACAGUGGAAUCUACAGUUGUACUUGUGGGGAACAAAAGACCAAAGCCACAAUCAAAGUGUUUGCCACGCCAGUAACAUUCAGACAGAACCUUAAGAACCAGGAGGCUCCAGAAGGAGGUCUAGUUGUUCUGCAUUGUGAGCUGUCCAAAGCUGGAGUGCCGGUUACAUGGUGGAGAGGAGAUGAGGAAGUCAGUAAUGGAAGUAAAUUCCAGAUCAAGCAGGAAGGAUUGGUUGCCGAGCUGUACAUUAAGAACAUCCUUCCUAUGGAUGUUGGGGAAUACAGCUGCAUUAUUGGAGACCAGAAGACCACAGCUGAAGUCAAUGUUAGGGCUGCCGCGUCUGUGUUCUUUGAGAAAGAACUUGAAAGUCAGGAAGCAGUAGAGGGGGAUUCAGUCCUGUUUAGUUGUUUGCUGUCUAACUCAAAUGCUCCAGUGACCUGGAGAAAAGAUGCAAAGCAGAUUGUGCAGGGUGGGCGAUACACCCUACAACAUAAAGGUUCCACUCAGGAGCUUGAAAUCAGGAAACUGAGAGUAGAGGAUGCUGGCGUAUACACAUGCAGCGUCAGAGGCAAAAAGACCUCUGCAAACCUUAACGUGAUGGAACGUGUGAGGAUUGUAAAAGGGCUACGUGACUUGACGGUUACUGCUGGCGAGAACGCUCAAUUUGUAUGUGAAUUAUCACAUGAAAAUGUCCUUGAUGGAAUUUGGUGGCUCGGUUCCACCGUACUGCAGGAGAACGAGAUGAAUCAAAUGAGUAUCUCUGGCCGAGAACACCACCUGGUGCUCACUAUGACUACACCUGAGGAGUCAGGUGUUGUGUCUUUUGUGGUGGGAAAUGAACAGACAUCUGCUCGUCUGCGGGUUAACAGCAAACCAAAAGUUUUUAUAGAGGAGAAACUGAAAGACAUGACUAUUUUUGUGGGUGAUUCUGCCACUUUGACCUGUGUGACCUCUGACUCCCGUACGCCUGUAACCUGGAAACGAAAUAAUGUGACCCUGCUACCUGGAGAGAAGUAUGAACCUCUGAAAGAAGGGAAACGCAAUCUUCUUCUGAUUCACAAAGUCAGAAAAGAGGAUGCUGGGAUUUACAUGUGCGAUACAGGAGACAUGCAGAGUAGUGCUACACUAACGGUUAAAGAACGUCCUAUAUUUUUCCGUGGGGAGCUCCAAAACCAAGAAGCUGAAGAAGGGGAGAUUGCGUUCUUGAGGUGUGAGUUGUCUCAACCUGGAGUCGCGGUUGAGUGGAAGAAGGGAGCCGUUCUGCUUCAUCCUGGGAACAAAUAUGAGAUGAAGCAAGAUGGAUGUGAGCUACAGCUACAGAUCAAUGAUCUCACAAGUCAGGACAGUGGGGCCUACCGGUGUUGUGCUGAUGGCAUUGAGACCAGGGCCAGUAUUACUGUAAAGGAACGUCCCUUGUUUUUCCAUGAAGAGCUCCAAAAUCAAGAAGCGGAGGAAGGUGAAAUGGCCUUUCUGUGCUGUGAGCUCUCUAAACCUGGAGUGUCAGUACAGUGGAAGAAGGGGGCAAUGGUGCUGAAGAGUGGAAGGAAAUAUAAGAUGAUGCAAGAAGGCAAUGAGCUACAGCUUCAGAUCUGUGACCUUACAAGUCAAGACAGUGGCAUCUACAGAUGCUGUGCUGGCAGCCUGGAAACACGGGCUAAUGUUUUAGUUAAAGAGCAACCUCUUUUCUUCUGUGAGGACCUCCAUAACCAAGAGGCAGAAGAAGGUGAGACGGCCUUCCUGUGCUGUGAGCUCUCUAAACCUGGAUUUGAGGUGCAGUGGAAGAAGGGGGCAAUAAGACUGAGACCAGGAAACAAAUAUGAUAUGAAACAAGAUGGCUGCAAAGUCCAGCUCCAGAUCCAUGACCUGACAAGUCAAGAUAGUGGCACAUACAAGUGCUGCUCUGGAAGCGUCUUUACCACAGCAACUAUUGUAGUCAAAGAGCAACCACUGUACUUCUGCAAGAAGCUUGAAUGUCAAGAAGCAGAAGAGGGGGAAACGGCUGUCUUUUACUGUGAGCUUUCCAAACCAGCAUCUGGUGUACAAUGGAAGAAAGGAGCAGUGCUGCUGAAGUCUGGAAGAAAAUAUGAAAUAAAUCAGAAUGGUGGUGAACUGCAGCUUCACAUACGUGAACUCACAAGUCAAGACACUGGUGUUUACACAUGCUGUGCUGGUGCUCUCGUGACCUCAGCAUCUCUGGCAGUGAAAGAACAACCUCUUUAUUUCUCGGAGGAGCUUCAAAGGCAAGAAGUGGAAGAAGGUGAGACUGCCAUCCUGUGCUGUGAGCUCUCCAAAACUGAAGUUGCAAUUCAGUGGAGAAAGGGAACACUGUUGCUUAGGCCAGGAAGCAAAUAUGAGAUGAAGCAAGAUGGCUGUAAAUGUUUGCUUCUGAUACACGAAUUGAACAGUCAGGACAGUGGUUCCUACAAAUGUUGUGCUGGUAGCUUGGUGACCACCACUUCUCUUGAGGUGAAAGAACCACCCAUUUUCUUCAGAGAGGAGCUUCAAAGUCGAGAGGUAAAAGAAGGAGAAACAGCCACCCUGACCUGUGAGCUUUCAAAACCUGGAGUUGCGGUGCAGUGGAAGAAAGGAACGGUGCUGCUAAAACCAGGAAAAAAAUAUGAGAUGACACAAAAUAGCUGUCUACUGCAACUUCACAUACGUGACCUGAAAAGUGAAGAUACUGGCUCCUAUAAAUGUUGUGCGGGUAGCUUGGUGACAACUGCUUCUCUUGUGGUAAAAGAGCAACCUUUAUACUUCUGUAAGAAUCUUCAAAGUCUUGAAGCAGAAGAAGGUGAGACGGCCUUAUUUAACUGUGAGCUCUCAAAGCCUGGAGUUAGUGUGCAGUGGAGGAAAGGAACAGAGUUGCUCAGUCCAGGAAACAAGUAUGAGAUGAAACAGGACGGAUGUAUACAACAACUUCAGAUACGUGACCUGAAAGGUAUAGAUUCGGGCUCCUAUAAGUGCAUUGCAGGUAGACAGGUGACAACUGCUUCUCUUCUGGUAAAGGAAGAACCAUUAUUCUUCUCAAAGGAACUCAAAAACCAAGAAGCAGAGUUGGGUAAGACAGCCAUAUUGUGCUGUGAGAUCUCGAAACCUGAAACUUCGGUGGAGUGGAAGAAAGGAGCAGUGCUUUUGAAGCCUGGUAAGAAGUAUGAGAUGAAGCAAUACGGGUGUGAAAUACAGCUUUAUAUAUAUGAGCUAACAGCACAGGACAGUGGGACCUACAAAUGUUGUGCAGGAACUUUGGUCACUACUUGCUCGAUUAAGGUGAAAGAGCAACCUUUAAUGUUCUGCAAGAACCUUCAAAAUCUUGAAGCUGAAGAAGGUGAGACGGUCAUCCUGUCCUGUGAGCUCUCAAAAUCUGGCGUUGCUGUUCAGUGGAAGAAAGGAACAUCACUGCUAAGUACAGGAAACAAAUACGAGAUGAUACAGGAUGGAUGCGUACUACAACUCCGGAUACGUGAUGUAAAAAGUCAAGAUGGUGGCUCUUAUAAGUGUUGUGCAGGUAGCCUUGUGACAACUGCUACUCUUGUUGUAAAGGAACAACCCUUGGUCUUUUCUAAAGAGCUUCAAAAUCAAGAAGUGAAAGAGGGUAAGAUAGCUAUCUUGCAAUGUGAGCUCUCUAAACCUGUAACGUCUGUUCAGUGGAAGAAAGGAUCACUAGUGCUGAAGCCUAGUAAGAAAUAUGAGAUGAAGCAAAAUGGUUGUCAGCUACAGCUUCAGAUACACAAGCUAACAGCACAGGACAGUGGGACCUACAAGUGCUGUGCUGAGUGCCUGGUUACUACUGGCUCUGUUAUGGUGAAAGAGCGACCUUUAUUCUUCAGUAAAAAUCUUCAAAAUCUUGAAGCAAAUGAAGGUGAAACAGCUUUCUUGAGCUGUGAGCUCUCAAAACCAGGAGUUGCUGUGCAGUGGAGAAAAGGAACCAUGUUGCUAAACCCAGGAAACAAGUAUGAGAUGAAACAGGAUGGCUGUGUACAACGACUUCAGAUAAAUGACCUGAAAGGUGUAGAUUCUGGCACCUAUAAAUGCUAUGCAGGAAGCUUGGUGACAACUGCUUCUCUCGUAGUAAAAGAAAAUCCUUUGUUUUUUUCUGAGGAGCUUCAAAACCAAGAAGUUGAAGAAGGUAAGACAACCAUAUUGUGCUGUGAGCUCUCGAAACCUGGAACGUCUGUGCAGUGGAUGAAAGGAACAGUUUUGCUGAAGCCUGGUAAGAAGUAUGAGAUGAACCAGGAUAGCAACAAACUGCAGCUUCUGAUUCAUGAACUUUCAGCCCAGGACAGUGGGACUUACAAAUGUUGUGCUGGAAGUCUGGCUACUACUGGCUCCAUUAAGGUGAAAGAGCAACCAUUAUUCUUCUGCAAGAACCUUCAAGACCUUGAAGCAGAAGAAGGGGAGACAGCUUUCUUGAUCUGUGAACUUUCAAAACCCGGAGUUGCUGUGCAGUGGAAAAAAGGAACGGUGUUGUUAAAGCCUGGAAGCAAGUAUGAAAUAAAACAGGAUGGCUUGAAAUUGCACCUUCAAAUUCAUGACCUAAAAUGUCAGGACAGUGGUGUCUUCAAAUGCUGUGUUGGCAGGAUAGAGACCACAGCUUCUGUUAUUAUAAAAGCUUCUACUAGAACUAAAGACAUCCCUCAAAUCCCACCAAGAUCAAAAGGAAAAAAUGCUCAACUGAGUGUUAUUGUUGAAGAAACAGACAGUAGUCUAGUGGACAAUAAACAAACUGUGGUAAUUCAAGCACCGGACAAGAGUACCCCAGCUAUUAAAUUCCAGGAAACAGCAGAAGAACAGGAGGUUAAGAAGAUAUCAUUGGAUAGUCAAAAUGGAAAAGAUGAGGGUCCCGGAAUGCCUCAAGUUAUAAAUGAGCUUAGUCAUACAGAAGAAGAACCUGGAAUUCCUUCUUGUACCUAUGAAACUGAAAGAGACGGAAAAAAUCCAGGGGGCAUGGAUUCAAAUCAGUUUGAAGCUAAGAUUCCUUUAAACCAGUACAAUAAAGGGAUCACAGAACAAGUUCAGAAGAAAACUCCAAGUAUAGAUACUAAAGAACACAAAGAAAGUGAUCUACCUACAGACCUACCCCAGCCUCCACCGCGCUCAAAGAGUAAAGGCUUAAGUGUUUCACCUCAAGACCAGCCCAGUAUUUUUGAAGAGAAGAACCAGAGCGUUAUCAGACAGCCUAGUUUGGACGGCAAACUAGGAGUGGUGAAAAAGCCAACAGUGGAGACCACAAAAGCAUCAGAACAUGUUGUCCUAAUGCCAUCUCCCCCCAAAGAGACAGUAUCUCAACCUUGUGUUGAAUCCAAAGGAAAACCCUUUGCAGCAAAGAAAGAUUUAAAAAUAACUGUAGAUACUACUUCGCCGAUAUCAAAAUUUAAGGACCUUGUUCCACCCCUCCCCAAAGAGAAGGCCACCCAACAAAACAAUGUAUUUGAAGAACAACCAUGUGGUUUUGAGGCAAAGAAUCAGAACGUUGGUUUGGAAUCAGGUGAAUCAAGGAAAGGAAUUUUGCUCACAGAGCCAGUUGUGGACACCAUCUCCAAGGCAUUAGAGGAUAAUGAAAUUCACAUUUGUGACAAUAAAGAGAAGGAUCAGAAAAAGCAAUUCUUGGACAGAAACCGAACGGAAAUUGGUACAGUUCAAUCUAUAGAUAAAAAUCAAGGAAAAGUGUCAAAAGAUGGUACAGAAAAAGCACCAAGUGCUGCUCCAACCAGUCAGAAACGCAAAGAACAAAUCAUUCCUGCAGAAAAAUCUAAAACAAUGGCCUUUUGGGAAGUACAUAGGGAAUCACAGGAUGUCACUGAAGAUCAUGAAGAAGAUGAAAAGACUGUCCUUGAAAAAGAUAUUUCUGGAGUAUCUGUGCCACAGGAAAAGAACUUACAACACAUUGCCAGCAAAGAUCAGAAGAACAUGAAGCAAGUUGUCUCUGAAAAAAAUAUUUCUGGAGGAUCUAUGACUCCACCACUGGAGAAGACCUUAGAAAACACAGCCAGCGGAGAUCAGAUACACUUGAAGCAGGUUGUCCUGGAAAAAGAUAUUUCUGGAGGAUCUAUGACUCAACCACAAGAGAAGAACUUACAAAGCAUGGCCAGCAAAGAUCAGAAGAAUGUUAAGCAGGUCGUCCUGGAAAAGGAAAGUUUUGGAGGAUCUAUGACUCCACCACAGGAAAAGAACGUACAAAGCAUGGCCAGCAAAGAUCAGAAGAAUGUUAAGCAGGUCGUCAUGGAAAAAGAUAUUUCUGGAGGAUCUAUGCCUCAACCAAAGGAGAAGAACUUACAAAGCAUGACCAGCAAAGAUCAGAAGAAUGUUAAGCAGGUCGUCCUGGAAAAAGAUAUUUCUGGAGGAUCUAUGCCUCAACCAAAGGAGAAGAACUUACAAAGCAUGACCAGCAAAGAUCAGAAGAAUGUUAAGCAGGUCGUCCUGGAAAAAGAUAUUUCUGGAGGAUCUAUGCCUCAACCACAGGAGAAGAUCUUACAACACAUAAUCAGUGAGGAUCAGCAAAAUGUUAAGCAGGUUGUCCUGCAAGAAGAUAUUUCUGGAGGAUCUAUGACUCAACCACAGGAAAAGAAGAUGGAGCACAUCACGAAACAUGCCCAAAGUGCGGACGCCAACAGAAAUUCCCAGGUAGAACAAAGUAGUUUGGAAAGUCCUGGUAAAGAAAUUGAACUUGAUGAUGAGCCAGAGGUGCUUGAGGCAGCCAUUAAAAUUCAAGCUGCUUUCAAGGGGUACAAAACCCGAAAGGACAUGCGUCUUGUGUUCAAGGAAGUGUUCAAAAACCAGAAUAUCGAAUUUGGUGGCACAGCAUUGUUAGAGUGUCUCGUGGAAGGUAAAAUUAGCACUGUGCGCUGGCUUAAAGAUGGCAUAGAUCUCAAACCUGAAAAAAAGUUCAGAAUCACCCAAAAUGAGGAGGGCAGGUGUCUUCUAACAGUUUCUAAUGUUACAACUAAAGAUGCUGGAAUAUACACAUGCGAGGUUGCAAACAAGUUUGGAAAAAUUAGUUACAAUGGGAAUGUGAUAGUGACCAUUCCCCAAAAGCCAUUUGAGAAAUUGCAGGCCACGCAAAUGCCAGGUAAAGAAGUCAUCUCUGGGAAAGAGACUCAGCUGAUCUUAAACCAGGAGGAGAAGUCAUUGAGACUUGCCUAUGAUUUACCAGCAGAUGACACUUACAGCAAGAUCCAGGAUAAGAGGAGGAGUCUAAUUUCAGUCAGCUCUGUAUCCUGUCACUCAGAUUAUGAUACAGCCCCUGAUGCUGAGACUGAAAAUAUAACUUGGGGGAAAGUGGCAGACAAGUUCAAAUCAGAGGCUCCAAUUACUUCAGAAAUACCAAGAAGUGUUAGUUCACCACCACCACCAAAGACUACAAGUCAGCUGAAAGUCAAAGGUGCCAGCUCGCAGAAUCAAGCUGCUUCACCCAAACGUAUCCAUUCAUACAAGUCCUCUGCAAACAUAGAGUCAUUCUCUGAGUCUGAUGGAGAUGAAGAGGGUGGAGAGACAUUUGAUGUUUAUGUGGCCAAAACGGAUUGCCAUCCUAUGGGAGCAAACAAAGAGCCGUUUGUGCUAAAGGAAGGUCAGUUUGUGGAGGUCCUGGACUCGGCCCAUCCUGUAAGGUGGCUUGUUCGUACAAAGCCAACUAAGAUCACACCAUCACGUCAGGGCUGGGUGUCUCCCGCGUACCUAGAGAAGAAGACAAAGGAAAUCUUUUUACUGGCCAAUGAAGAGGACACAAACGUUUCUGUUGAGAAAGGCAAAAAGAUAUUCACAAAGGAUGAGCACAGCUUGAUUCAAGGUCAGUUGAUAAGGGGACUGCUUAACGGAGAGAUCGAUUUUGUGCGAGAGAUUAACUUCUUUGUGGAGCACCAUUUGGAGUACCUAGAGAUGAGCUCUCAAGUUCCUCUUACCAUCCUCAGUCAAAAGGAAUACAUAUUCCGCAACAUUAGGGAAAUCGCAAGCCUCCAUGAAUGCUGUAUCCUUCCCAAGCUGGAAAUGUGCUUUACUGAUGAUGAUGUAGCCCAGUGUUUCAUCAACUAUGCCACAGACUUUGAAAUGUACCUCCAGUACAUAACAGGGCUUCCCCAGGCUGAGGCCUGCAUCUCAGACAAAAACACACAGUAUUUCUUUAAGCAAUAUGCAAACACAGAGUUGACUCAUCUGGAUACCCGGGUCCUCAGUGUUAACACCUAUCUACAAAGACCCCUGGAGAGAAUUCAAACAUACAAGAAUGUACUUAAGGAGCUGAUCCGGAACAAAGCAAAGAGCAGCCAAAGUUGUUGCCUUUUGGAAGACGCCUUUGCCAUGGUUUCCUGUUUGUCUUGGCGUGCUGAGAAUUUGCAUCAUCUGUCCAUGAUUGAAAAUUACCCGGCACCUCUUAAGGGGCUCGGAGAACCCAUUAGACAGGGCCAUUUUACAGUAUGGGAGGAACUUCCUGAAGUCAAAAGCUCUCAGCGAGGACAUCAUCGUCAUGUCUUCCUCUUUAAAGACUGCAUUGUCCUCUGCAAGCCGAAGAGAGAACUUGGCUUAUACACCGAAGCUUACUUAUUCAAGAACAAAAUGAAGUUAAGUGAUGUUGAUGUAAAGGAUACAGUGGAAGGCAAUGACAGAUCAUUUAUUCUGUGUCAUGAACAUCGGGGAAUGGUAAGAAAGAUUGUUCUGCAGGCUCGAACUGUUCUCCUCUGCCUCUCCUGGCUUAAAGAUCUGAGAGAUCUACAGCAGCGUGCCAGACAACAUGCUUGGAGUGCUCCUUGCUUUCAGCAGCAUCUUACUGACUUCUCAGCGAAACUUGGGCAAACUGUCAAACUUUCCUGCAAGAUCACCGGGACACCUAGACCAGUAAUAAAGUGGUUUAAAGAUGGUUAUGCUGUGAAGGAUGACCAACAUCACAUUACAUCAGAAGGACAGUUGGGUGCCUGUUAUCUUGUACUGACUGGGGUCACAGUGGCAGACUCGGGUCAAUACAUGUGUUAUGCAACCAGUCUUGCAGGCAACGCAAGCAGUCUGGCUAACGUCAUGAUCGAUGUUCCUCCAAGCUUCACAACCAGACUACAGAACACACAGCUUGUGAAGGGCCAGGAUGUGCAGUUCAAGUGCUCCACAAAAUCCACUCCUUUCCCAUCAGUAAGGUGGUUUAAGGACGGCAUUGAGCUUGAAAAUAACGAGAAACAUCAGAUUCAGUCCGACAUGCAAACGGGGAGUCUUACCCUCACCAUAAAGAGAGCUGAAGAGUCAGAUUUGGGUCAAUAUCAGUGUGAGCUUCUUAAUGAAGUUGGAAGUGCCAAGUGUAAAGCUGAGCUUGGUUCUCCAGCCCCAUCAAUGGUUACACCCAGCACCCAAAACCAAACACAAACUUCCCCUCGUCCAGAGCCUCAAUCAGAAGGUUGGUCCAGUUCCUUUGUGAAGAACCUGUUCAGUAUACUCUUUCAACCUGCAUACCCUUAUCCACCUGCUGUUGAUAUUGGAGAAGCACACACUGUUGAACAACAGAAUGAUGCAGAGAGACAGAUAAAGACUGAAGAGCGAUUCAUGUGCCCUGAGGAAUCGCAUAUCUGUUCAGACACUGAGGAAGACGUGCUAACAGUGUUUGUUUCUUCAGAACCUCCUGCUGUUCAGGUUGCCACAGAAGACUUAACAGUCCGGCCCGGUCAGCCAGCGACGUUCACUGCCAUUAUUACUGGCCAGCCUAUCCCAGAGAUUAAGUGGGUUAAGGAUGGCCUGGAAAUCUCAACCAAUGAGCACACAGAGAUAGUCCACAGUAAUGCACGUUGCUCUCUUACUUUGCUGGACACUUGCACAGAGGAUUGUGGUACCUACACUUGCUUAGCCAGCAACAGUUUUGGACAAAUCUCUUGCCAUGCCAAACUCACUGUUGAUGCAGGUCCUGAAGACAUCGAGGAGGAAAAAGAGGCAAAGUUAGCAAAAAGGCGAAAACUGCACUCUGUAUAUGAUGUCUAUGAAGAAAUAGGAAGGGGCACCUUCGGGGUGGUUAAAAAAGUCAUACACAGGGCAAGUGGUGAGUGCUUCGCUGCGAAGUUCCUUCCACUCAGAAGCAACACGAGGACCAGAGCUUUCCAGGAGAGAGAUCUGCUGUCUCGUCUGGCUCACCGGAGACUCGCGUGUCUCUUGGACUUCUUCUCCACACGACGCACACUGGUGUUGGUUAUUGAAUUAUGUUCUACACAGGGGUUAUUAGACCAUCUGUAUUUAAAAGGAUCGGUUACAGAGAGGGAGGUCCAGUUAUAUAUUCAGCAGAUUCUGGAAGGUAUUGGAUACAUACACAGUAUGAACAUCUUGCAUCUGGAUAUCAAAACGGACAAUAUUCUAAUGGUCUCCUCAGAAAAAGAAGAAGACAUUAAAAUUUGCGACUUUGGCUUCUGUCAAGAAAUCGACAGUUCCAGACACCAGUACAGCAAGUUUGGGACACCUGAAUUUGUUGCUCCAGAGAUUGUCCACCAAGAACCUGUUACAGUAGCCACUGAUAUCUGGUCUCUUGGUGUUAUUGCUUACCUAUGCUUAACCUGCCACUGCCCUUUCUUUGGGGAGAAUGACCGUGACACGCUUAUGAAGGUAGCCGAGGGCCUGUUGUAUUGGGACACACCUGAGAUCAUAAGCAGAAGUGUGGAGGCACAGGACUUUUUACACAGGGUUUUACAGCCAGAUCCAGACAUGAGACCGUCUGCAUCCGAGUGUUUGACUCACGAGUGGUUUCAAGGUCAUUAUGAGGAUGAGGAGCCAGAGGACAUUAUUACGAAAAAUUUAAGAUCUUUUAUUUCAAGAAGAAAAUGGCAGCGUUCCUUGACAUGUCUCGGCUCUGUUCUGACAUUGAGACCGAUCCCAGAGCUGUUGGAAGCCCCCAUCCAUGACGUUUCAAUUACAACCACGAGGGAGACCCAUGAACCCAGCAGCACUUCCCUAAGUAGUGGAUCCUCUUCAGAGUAUGAUGAAGCAGAUGCCUGGGACUUCUUCCAGCAGGCCAGCCAAGACGAAGAAGACGAUUUGGACGAAGAUGACGAAUACAACCCAUAUGCCUAUGUGUUGAAGAGGCCCGGAUCUCAAGGACAAGAUGAGGAAGAUGUGCUUGAAAGAGGCCCACUGAUGAUUCCCAUGUCAAGAGGGCUCACGCCAGAGCCAGUCCGUUUGGAGCGGAGGGACAGCAGUCCUUCACAAAACAUUUCUGAGGAAGAAGAGGGAUUGGCUGGUGGUCAACCCAUACCACGACGUAGCCUGAUCAAAAGCACCUUCUACUGCAGCUCUGAGCAGCUCUCUCCCAUGUCUGCUCGUCACAUGAUGCGUCGGGAUAAAACCCAAGCCAGAAAGCAAGAGCGUGGCCGCAAGCCUCUACGUGCCAGCCUCUCUGGCAGGUUAAAUGAACCACUCAUAGAAUAUGUGGAAGAUUCUCCUGACAUGGAAGCUAAGAGAAAAGCAUCAAUGUAUUCGUCAAUGCUCAAGUCAAGCUCAUUUGAUAGCGGAGUGACCGUUUCCCAUCCAAACACGCACAUGCAGAGAAGAAGCAGAUCAUUAGAUGUGUACACACAACGCUGUCCAGCUUCAACUGAGCUUAGUGUACAAGGAAAAGAAGAAGAUGAUGAUGUUGAAUAUAGCCAAAAACAAGAUGAAGUCACUGAUGAAGAAGAAAAACCCCAAGAAGUUCAAGUGAGAAGGAAACUUUCAGGGGUUUCUUCAAGGAAGAGCCCAAUUAUGGCAAAGAAAAGAGCGCAGGCCCAUGAGCCUGUUGAAGGACCAGACAAAGGGUCAAGUGUGGAUGACAGCCAACCAGCGACCAAAGAUGCAAAACAUUGGGGUGAUAGAGAGAGCGUCUCGCUUGACCGUGGCUCAGAGGCAUCUAGCAGACCAGGCUCCUAUGAAGAACUCUCCCACAGCCAAUUUGAUGAGAUCUUGAUCGCUGGAUCUUCUGGAAAGAACUCUCCAUGUUCUCUCCUACAAGACUCUGAGGAUGAAGACAUGGAAAGGAUUCUAAGAUCUCUUCGCCAAGACCUCCCACAAGCCCCACCACGACAGCGCACCCAAAGUUCAAGUUCUGGAUUAAAUGAGAUGCGCACUAAUAAAAGAAAUCUUCCACUGAGAAGAAGCUCCUCAGCGGUGGCAGACAGAGAGAACAAAGAGGUGCUUCAAAGACACGCCUCUGCCCCAGCUUUACAAGCCAAACCACCAAAGUCUUCUAAGCCUGGAUUUAUGAAGAUCUUCCGGAAACACUCAUGGGCGAGCCAUUCUUCUCCUCAGCUGGAAGGCUCAGAAAAGAAACAAGCAGAGGGAGCAACCUCACAGCCUAGGUCUCCUCUACUAAACCUGAAAAAGAAGAUGCGAUCGUCUGCCUCCAACAUUACAAAGCUGUUCGGCCGACAGUCAAGCAAAGAAGAUGCAGAGAAGAAGAAAGGUGGACCAAUUGUGAAGAACACCUCUCCUGGAAUGCAAAUGACUUCCAGUCUUGCCACAACACCAACUACCACCUCACCUGAAAGUCCUCAGAAAAAGUCCAAAUUGUUCAGCCUAAAAGUGCCACUGUUUAAGAAAACCAAAGAAAGUCCAGCCAGACUGUCUAGGCCAGAUGUCGUUCAGCUAGCAGGAGGAGGAGCUCUUGUUUUCUGGAAACCAGUGCCGUCCAAUGAACUCAUGACAUAUUGCAUUCAGUAUAGUGCAAAUGGUGGGGAGUGGAGAAACUUGUCUGAGAAUGUUACAGAAAGUUGUUAUACAGCUAAUGCCCUUCCAAAAGGACCAGGAUAUGUUUUCAGAGUGUCCUGUAUCACAAAGACGGGGUUGGCCCCUUUUAGUGAUCCUUCCCCCCCAGCGUUUAUGGCCACCCCUUAUGAAGACUCGCAUAUUCCUCUCAUACAGAUGGGAUCCUUAGGGUCAAAAAUCACUGUACCUGGAGGUUUUGGCACAGAAAAGUCUUACAGCUUUCUUUCGGAAAUCAACAGAGGCCGUUUUAGCAUUGUAACUCAAUGUGAGGACAGCCGCAGCUCCCAGAUGUUUGCUGCCAAGAUGACACCCUACAGAGCAGAGCAGAGGCAACUGGUUUUAAGGGAAUAUCAGCUGCUUCGCCGGCUAAGCCACCCGCAUCUUGUUCAGCUGCAUUCGGCCGUUCUUACCCCUACCUGCCUGGUGCUUAUAGAGGAACUGUGCUCGGGACGAGAGCUUCUUUAUAACCUUGCCGAAAGGGACCUGUAUGGAGAAUUGAAUGUGACUGACCUGCUAGAGCAGAUUCUCAGCGCUGUGGAUUAUCUGCACAGUCGUCGCAUUGUACACCUGGAUCUCAAGUCAGACAACAUGUUGGUGUCGGGACGAAAUGUGAAGAUUGUGGAUUUGGGUUCCGCUCAACAAUUCAUUCGAGGACAGGCGCUGAAUAUUGAGCACAUAAAAGAAAUGACAGAUAACAAAGGGUAUAUUGUUCUUCCUAAAGCUCCAGAGAUCUUGGAAGGACAAGGUGUUGGACCGGAGACUGAUAUCUGGGCUAUUGGUGUUUUGGCUUUUAUAAUGUUGAGUGCAGACAACCCCUUCCAUGCUGAUUUAAAUUGGGAAAGGGAUCGCAACAUUAAAAAAGGAAAGAUCCAGUUGAGUCGGUGCUAUCCAGGCCUGUCAGAGGGGGCCACCAACUUCAUGAAGAACACAAUGAGCAACAAAGCCUGGGCAAGACCAACAGCUGCAGAGUGCCUCCAAAACCCCUGGAUACACGGAGAGCUUCCUUCCCCCAAACAUGGCACAUCUGUGGUCUGCUUCUCAACAGACAAGCUGAAGGCCUAUCUCAGGGAAAGAGAGGUCAAGCGAGACCACGUCCGCACAAAAAUUAAACUCCCACUUUCAUAGUGCAGAUGAAUGUUAAAGGGGACAUUUCACAAGAUGUCAAAUAGAUCUUUGGUGUCCCCAGAGUACACCCAUCAAGUUGUUUUUUUGGUCAAAAUACCAAUAGAUAAUUAAUUAUAACAUGUUAAAAUUGCCACUUUUAGAUGUGAGCAAACAUGUGCCGCAAAUGAGCUGAUCUCUGCACUAAAUGGCAGUGCUGUGGUUGGAUAGUGCAGGUAUUAUCCCCUUCUGACAUCACAAAUUUCAAUGAUCUAUUUUUUCACAUGCUUGCAGAGAAUGGUUUACCAAAACUAAGCUACUGGGUUGAUCUUUUACACAUUUUCUAGGUUGAUAGAAGCACUGGGGACCCAAUUAUAGCACUUAAACAUGGAAAAAGUCAGAUUUUCAUGAUAUGUCCCCUUUAAGAACAUAUUAGGGUGUUUCAAAUUAGGUGUGAAACUGUGAAAAUGCUUUUUGUGUAGUUGUGUGCUUUCUAAAUCAGAGUUCAGUUUAUUUUUGUGCUGCUCUCCGACAUGGAAAAAAGAUUAUGUUGAACACUGCUUUAUUUUUUUCUUAAAUGUAACAUGUUUCAUUAUGUAGUUAUACAUGACUGUCAUUAUUGCAGUGUAAUCAUUCAAAUAGUGACAAUAAUAACAAUACUGUAUUACAUUAGCAUGGCUAUAUACACAAUAGUUAGUAAUAUGUUUAUGGGAUGUGAAUUUUACAUAUAGUGAUAAUGCACAUUUAUUUGAUUAUUUAACUGAAUGUAUUGAAAAGACUCAAUAACAUUGUCCAUCACCUCUCAUAUAUGUGUGAUACAGUUAUAAGACAAUAAAAAUAUAUCAAGCCAUAUGUAGAAUGUGUUAUUACUGUUAGUAAUUUUUCAAAUGUUAAUAAAAACACUGCUCUGUCAAGGGACUACAUUUCUGUGAUAUAUAUAUAUAUAUAUAUAUAUAUAUAU